CUCAUUAACAGCAUGAAACAUGACCUGACUUUAGUGUUAACUCUAAUCUGAAUUUUGGGUGACAAGCUACCCCUUAACUUUACUUCUAAAAUUCAACUGGAAAGAAAGUUACUUUCAAAAUAUAAAAAUCAAAAUGAGUUUGAAAAACAAAUUGACUGGUUUAUGGUGUAAGCACAAGCCUACGACAAAUCAAAAGGCAUUGGCCCUAGCUUUCCCUGAUGCCCACAGUAUGCCAUCAGCUGCCACCUUUGGACUGGCGGCAGCUUUGGCUGUUGUUUAUUAUACCGAUUGGAAAGUAAUUGCCGGAUGGAUUCCCCUGUACAAUACCAAAUUUCCCAAACCAGAAGACCCAAAGAAAAAGAAGAAUUGCUUUAAAAUCAAAAUCAGACCCUUGAAAAUCGUGCCUUCUGUGAAAUAUUAUUGAAUGAAACGUUUUUACUGGCUUUCAAAA